AUGCAUAGCAACCAUCAAACUGUCGCAUUUGGGAGUAGAGUGAGGUUCGGAAAAAAUGGGAUGCGGGAAUUCAACUCAAGCUGGAGGAGGAGGCGGCGGCGGCGGCGGAGGAAGUUCCGGCGAGAAAAAGAAAAGGAAGUGAGUAUUUAUUCUUAUUACUCUUUUUUUUUGAAAGCGAUAUAGUUGAAGAGAAGCUUCUAAAUUGUAACAGCAUCCAUGUGAUAUCAGUUAGUCCGACUUCGAAGAUUUAGACUAAGAGGGCAACGCCCCAUCCUAGUUAUAGUUUGCUUUGAAUUUUAAUGAUUGCUUUGCAUUAGUUUCGUUAAGAUAUUUCGCGACCUUGUAUAAAGACAUGAAUUCUAACAAAGAAAAACGUGGCCUGAGCUAUUUAGUGGCUAAUCCAUAGCCUAAAAAUCGGUCUUUUCAAUGAUCUCUUGUAUAUAAAUCGAUAAGACGAACUGCUGCAAAAAAAAACUUGCUGUAUAAUGCUUUACAUACUUCAUCCCCAUCAUUCAUCACACGGUCUAGGCUAUUUUUACUGGAACGUCUGUCUUAAUCGGAAAAGGGGGUUUGAGAGAAAGGGUAAGAAUGUAGUUGUGGGAUAAGAAAAAAAACGUAGAAAAAAGGGCCGGCGGACGGAAACCUUGCGGUCCUUUAGGUUUUGAAAAUUACUAAAUAUUUUGACAACUGUGUUUCGUUUGUUAACAAUAUAAUAUCCUUAAACUAACACCGCAAAAUUUCGACCGGUUGCGUUCCAGAUGUGGUUGCGCUGGAGGGCGAUUUUUCGCCUUCUAUCUUAUCAAUUCUCAUGUGUUUUUUAUACCAUUGACGUAUCUGUUUAGUAGACUACAUAUUUUUUUCUACCCCCCUCUUGCUUGCUAACACCCUUUGUUCAACAGUGAAGGAGAAGAAAGGUUUGCUUACGUUUAUCUCUUUUCUAUUAACUGUAUAUAUAUAAUAAAAAAAAAUCCUCAAAGGAUCAAUAUUGUUGUAUUCAUUUUUGUUAAACUACAAAUUUUAUAAUUUUGAUAAAUCUAACCAUCUCUCCUGCACCGAUAAUCGAUUAUCUUAAAAAUAACCAUAAAAGAGUUCAUUUUAAUUGCUUCCCAAUUGGCGUCACUAUUCAAUGCACUUGAUGCAGAAAGACAAACAAAAUUGGUUGGAUAUUUUUCGCUAAUGCAGUCAUACGAAACGAAUGAAAACAUUUUUUUAAUAAUGGGCCUAUUACUGAUUAGUAAUUGACUUGUUAUCUUAAUAAAGUAAUUUGAUUAAUUAAAGUGAAGCUAAAAAGUUUCCAAGCGGAAAUCCUGGCGUCAAAUAUAUUUAUGCAAUUUUCUAUGAGAUAAUACCUAAUCGGUGCAGUCAGAUAAUCUCAUCCUUCAAUUUCCUUUGAAAACUUCACAAAAGUAUUAAUUUGAUUGGAGUAUUUCACGAUCACACGUGACUUAAUUUUGACGCCAUUUUCUGAACAAGCGUUGAAAAAAAAGUAGAAGAGAGUAAGGAAAUAGUUUGACGUGACGUGAAAUACUUUUAUACAAAUACAUUUGCGAUUAAGAUCUCUAAUUAAGUCAGCAUUCCAAUCACGUGUUUGGAAAUAGAUGGAACACUUUUUGCUAAUUUCUAACGUUCUUUAGAGCCGCAAUCACUGCAGAUCCCGUUGUUAGCGGUAGUGACCGAAAUGACGAUGUAAGAUAUGCUCAGACAGAUGAAAAAAGUUCUGAAAAGGAACAGAAUGAGCAAAAGAUCGUUGAGGUCACUGCUAACGACGGGCUGGUAAAUAGCGAGGAAGAUAGGUAACUUUUAUUUUGCAUGAACAUUCCUGUGGGCCAAAGGCCAGCCGUAAUUAGUAAUUAAUAUAUGUUUUAAUUAUUAUGAAUUAUUUGUCCAGUACAAAAUAGUUAUCUCUAUUGGCAUGCCAAAUCCAAAAAAAAAAUCGCAUACAGCGCCACCUGUUAAUCCUGUACAUGCACUAACACUCUUCUUAUUAUGGCACUUGAAAUUUUUAUAUAAUGUUUGGCGAAAAUUUAUUAUCCUUUCUUUAUCAGGGGAGUCGUCGAUAAGAAUAAGGCUCACACAAUUGUUCCUAACUAUCCGGAUUUAAGAAAACAUAAUAAUUGGAUGGCAAAAUGCUUAACUCCUGAAAUAUGGGAAUUGUUAGCUGAUAAAAAGACGAAAACCGGAUUCACUAUUGAUAAAGUGAUACAAACAGGCGUAGAUAAUCCGGGUCAUCCCUUUAUUUAUACAGUUGGCUGUGUUGCUGGCGAUGAAGAAAGCUACGAAUUAUUUGCUGACUUAUUCGACCCAGUUGUCUCUGGUCGACAUGGAGGAUAUCCCAAGGAUGCUAUUCAUCGAACAGAUCUUAACGCAUCGAAAAUUGUUGGCGGUGAUAAUUUGGAUCCAAAAUAUGUUCUCUCUUCAAGAGUUAGAACUGGCCGUUCGAUCAGGGGCUACUCUCUACCUCCUCACUGUACUCGAGCUGAAAGGAGAGACGUGAAAGACAUCUUAACGACAGCCUUAGGAAAAUUGGAUGGAGAGUUUAAGGGGAAAUACUAUUCGUUGGAAUCAAUGACGGAGCAAGAGCAAAAUAAAUUAAUAGAAGAUCAUUUCCUCUUUGAUAAACCUGUUUCACCCCUUUUGACUUGUGCUGGUAUGGCAAGAGAUUGGCCGGAUGCCAGAGGAAUAUUUCAUAACGAUCAAAAGAACUUUCUAGUAUGGGUUAAUGAAGAGGAUCAUUCAAGGGUAAUUUCCAUGGAGUCAUCUGGUAAUAUGAAAAAGGUCUUUCAGAGAUUUUGUACUGGAUUAAAAAAGGUUGAGGCUUCUAUCAAGGCUCAGGGGCAUGAGUUUAUGUGGAACGAUCACUUAGGCUUCAUUCUUACUUGUCCUUCGAAUCUCGGAACCGGCUUAAGAGCUGGUGUGCAUGUUAAAUUACCACAUUUAGCAAAAGAAAACAAAUUUGAUGAAUUACUUAAACUUCUCAGACUUCAAAAGAGAGGAACUGGGGGAGUCGAUACUGCCUCUACCGAUGGAACUUUUGAUAUUUCGAAUGCUGAUCGACUUGGUAAAUCUGAAGUCGAAUUAGUGCAAUUAGUUAUCAAUGGCGUUGAGACGCUAAUUGAGAUUGAGAAGGCUUUGGAAAAAGGUGAAUCAAUUGACGACCACUGGCCAACAAUUGUCGAAAGACCACCGGGAGAUUUUCCAGAUCUUUCAAAACACAACAACUGGAUGGCAAAAUGCCUCACACCUGAGAUCUAUGAUUCGCUAAAGGAAAAGAAAACUAGCAGUGGUUUUACUAUCGAUGGAGUUAUACAAACAGGUGUCGACAAUCCAGGUCAUCCUUUCAUCAUGACUGUUGGAGCUGUUGCUGGAGAUGAAGAAUCCUAUGAGGUUUUUGCUGAUUUGUUAGAUCCUAUCAUUGAAAAACGCCAUAAUGGCUAUACCAAGGAUAUGAAACAUACAACAGAUCUAGAUGCAACUAAAUUAGAAGGAGAUGAAUUAGACUCAAAAUAUGUGCUAUCAUCUAGAGUCCGUACUGGUAGAUCGAUAAAAGGUAUCGCGUUACCACCGUUUUGCACCAGGGCAGAGAGGAAAAAGGUUGAAACUCUUGUUGUUGAGGCAUGCAAUUCUUUUCAGGGUGAAUUAGCUGGCAAAUAUUAUUCAUUGGAAACCAUGACGGAAGAGGAACAAAAUAAACUUAUUGAGGAUCAUUUCCUCUUUGAUAAACCAGUGUCCCCAUUGCUAACAUGCGCGGGAAUGGCCAGAGAUUGGCCCCAAGCAAGAGGUAUUUUCCACAACGAUGCAAAGAAUCUCCUUGUUUGGGUAAAUGAAGAAGAUCAUACUCGAAUUAUAUCCAUGGAAAAAGGAGGAAACAUGAGGGGAGUUUUUGAAAGGUUCUGUGCCGGUUUAAAUAGUUUCGAAGACUCCAUCAAGAAAAGCAACUACUCCUUCAUGUGGAAUGAGCAUCUCGGUUACAUAUUAACCUGCCCAAGUAAUCUUGGAACAGGUUUAAGAGCCGGUGUUCACGUCAAAUUGCCAAAAUUGGCAAAAGACAGUAAAUUCGCUGGAAUUCUCAAGGCCCUCCGUUUACAAAAGAGAGGAACUGGAGGUGUUGAUACAGAGGCCAAAGAUGGUACCUUUGAUAUUUCGAAUUUGGAUAGACUUGGAACAUCCGAAGUACAGCAAGUUCAAAUAGUAAUGGAUGGUGUUCGAAAAUUGAUUGAAAUCGAAAAGAGACUCGAAGCAAAGAAAUCUUUUGACGAUUUAUUACCCGAAAAUUAUAGAAACGAAGCUGAAGAUGAGAAUACUGCUAUUGCUACAGAAUUUAAAGUGUGCGAGCCUAAAGCAUCCAAUUUCCCAGAUUUAAGCAAACAUAACAACUGGAUGGCCAAAUGCUUGACAAAGGAAGUUUUUGAAAAGUUGAAAGAUGCCAAAACUAAGAGUGGAUUUAAUCUGGAUGGCGUCAUUCAGACUGGUGUUGACAAUCCAGGUCAUCCUUUUAUAUUUACAGUUGGAGCGGUAGCAGGUGACGAAGAAACGUACGAAGUCUUUGCGGAUCUCCUGGAUCCGAUUAUCGAGAAUCGUCAUAACGGUUAUACAAAGGAUAAAAAACACCCAACUGAUAUGGAUUCAUCGAAAAUAACGAAUGGUCAAUUAGAUAAUGAUCUUGUCUUAUCUUCUCGUGUCCGAACUGGACGUUCGAUAAGACCUAUUCCUUUACCACCUCAUUGCACUAGACACGAGAGAAGAGAAGUUGAAAGAAUUUUAACUAAAGCGCUCUCUGGCUUGAGCGGGCAAUUCAAGGGAAAAUAUUAUCCAUUAUCAGGCAUGACAGAAAAAGAACAAGAUCAACUUAUUGCGGAUCAUUUCCUGUUUGAUAAGCCAGUUUCUCCAUUACUUACUUGCGCUGGAAUGGCUAGGGACUGGCCAGAUGGCAGAGGAAUAUUCCACAAUAAGGAUAAAAAUUUUUUGGUUUGGAUUAAUGAAGAAGACCACUCCAGGGUUAUCUCAAUGGAAAAGGGUGGAAAUAUGAAGUUGGUAUUCGAUAGAUUCUGCGAAGGUUUGAAACUCGUUGAGGGUUCUAUAAGGAAGCAAGGAUAUGAUUUCAUGUGGAAUGAACAUCUUGGCUACGUUUUAACUUGCCCAUCUAAUCUCGGAACUGGUCUAAGAGCCGGCGUACACGUUAAAUUACCUAAUCUAUGCAAAGAUGACAGAUUUGAUAAUAUUCUCAAAUAUUUGAGGCUGCAAAAGAGAGGAACUGGAGGAGUUGAUACAGAAUCAACCGAUGGUACUUUUGAUAUAUCAAACUUGGAUAGGUUAGGCUUUUCUGAAGUAGAAUUAGUACAAAAGGUAGUCGAUGGAGUCAAUUUGCUUUGUCAAAUGGAAAAGAAACUAAUGGCUGAAGAAAAGAUCGACGAGCUUGUACCAGAUCUGUCUGAAGUAGCCAAUAAAGCGGAGUAAGAGACGGGAAAAGUGCGAGAGGAAAAAGCAACGUUUUUUUUAAUAGCAGUAUUCGUUUGGGGUGUGUUCUUUUUCAAGUUUUUAUUUACUAAUACGCUUCAUGAAAUGAAACAGUUUCUUCUCAAAGAAUUUUAGAAAAUACAUCCUUUACCCCUAAUAAAUGUUUAUUUCGCUUUAUUUUUCUUUUUAUUCAUUUCUUGCAAAGAAAUGCAUUACAGAUUUAUAAUAACUUUUUGUUUUCACAUGUCCUAUUUAUACAUUUAAGUAAAAGAUGUGUUGUAUAUUUAGCAACGGAGUAUAUAUAUAUAUAUAUAUAUAUAUAUACUUUAUGCAUAGAUCUAUAUUUAUUUAAUUUACAAGCUGAAGCGUAUUUAAUGACUUUUUUUUCAAACCUUUUCAAUGAGAACAUACCCCUAUUAGUGCCAAUCGCUUGUUAUUCGUAUGCCUAUACAACAUAUAUAUAAAUAUAUAUAUAUAUCAUUUAUAUAUAUAUAUAUAUAUAUAU